GGCCCUUUAAUCUGUGCUAUCUGUCUCUUCCCAUUUCGCUGCUGUCAUACUAGUCUCUCUUCGAGUCAUGGCUACCCAUUCAACCGAAGAGCCGUUCCCCUUUCACGGGCUGCUUCCCAAAAAAGAGACCGGCGCCGCGUCUUAUCUCAGCCGCUUCCCCGAGUAUGACGGCCGAGGGGUUCUCAUCGCGAUCAUGGACACCGGCGUUGACCCAGGGGCGCCCGGCAUGCAGGUGACAACAGAUAUGAAACCAAAGCUUGUUGAUAUCAUUGACACAACAGGUAGUGGUGAUGUAAACAUGGCCACGGUGGUGGAACCGAAAGAAGGGAAAAUCACUGGCCUUUCUGGUAGAAUACUGAAGAUCCCUCCUGCUUGGGUCAACCCAUCAGGGAAGUAUCACAUUGGAGUUAAAAAUGGCUAUGACUUCUUCCCUAAGGCCCUUAAAGAAAGAAUACAGAAAGAAAGGAAGGAGAAGAUGUGGGACCCAGCACAUAGAGCAGCACUAGCUGAUGCCUGUCGCAGGACAGAAGAGUUUGAUCUCUCACACCCAACUCCAUCCCAGGUAGAGAAGUUACAAAAGGAAGAGUUGCAAAGUCAGUCAGAGCUGCUUGUCUCUCUAGAAAAGAAAUACAGUGAUCCCGGUCCUGUAUAUGACUGUAUUCUUUGGCAUGAUGGUGUCACAUGGAGGGCUGUAAUGGACACCUCUGAGUGUGGAGAUUUGUCCCAGUGUACUGUGCUGAGCUCCUACAGAGAGUCACAAGAGUAUGCAACAUUAGGGAAUGCUGAGAUGCUAAACUACUCUGUGAAUAUUUAUGACGAGGAAACAACACUCUGCAUUGUCACGAGUGGAGGGGCUCAUGGGACACAUGUUGCUAGCAUCGCAGCAGGUUACUUCCCUGAAGAACCAGAGCGAAAUGGGGUUGCCCCUGGUGCUCAAAUCUUAGCUCUGAAGAUUGGAGACACUCGGCUCAGUACCAUGGAAACGGGCACAGGACUUAUUCGAGCGAUGAUUGAGGUGAUCAACUACAAGUGUGACCUGGUUAACUACAGCUAUGGGGAAGCCACCCACUGGCCAAAUUCAGGGAGGAUUUGUGAGGUUAUCACAGAGGCAGUGCAGAAGCACAAUGUGAUAUUUGUUUCAAGUGCAGGAAAUAACGGCCCCUGCCUCUCCACAGUCGGCUGCCCCGGAGGAACCACCAGCAGUGUCAUAGGGGUUGGAGCUUAUGUGACCCCAGACAUGAUGGUGGCUGAGUAUUCCCUGAGAGAGAAGCUGCCUCCCAACCAGUACACCUGGUCCUCCAGGGGCCCCAGUACAGACGGUGCACUAGGUGUAAGCAUAAGUGCUCCUGGUGGGGCUAUUGCAUCUGUACCCAACUGGACUCUUCGUGGUACUCAGCUAAUGAACGGCACGUCUAUGUCGUCCCCCAACGCCUGUGGAGGCAUUGCUCUCAUCCUCUCCGGAUUAAAACAGCAGGGAAUACAUUCCUCUGUUCCUGGAGUGAGGAGAGCACUGGAAAACACAGCUCUGAAGGUUGAUGACAUUGAGGUGUUUGCACAAGGCCAUGGGAUCAUUCAGGUGGAUAGGGCAUUAGACUACCUCACACAAAAAUCCUCCUUACCCACCAGCCAUCUGGGUUUCUCAGUAACUGUGGGAACACAGAGAGGCAUCUACCUCAGGGAUCCAGCACAACUUUUGUCCCCCUCAGACCAUGGAGUAGGAAUAGAACCAAUCUUCCCAGAAAAUACAGAAAACACUGAGCGAAUAUCCUUGCAGCUACACUUGGCCCUCACGUGUGCAGCCCCAUGGGUUCAGUGCCCAUCUCAUCUAGAGCUGAUGAACCAGUGUCGUCACGUCAAUGUCCGUGUGGAUCCUGUCGGCCUCAGGGAGGGAGUGCACUACACGGAGGUAUGUGGUUAUGAUACAGCUGCACCUGGUUGUGGGCCACUGUUCAGAGUCCCCAUCACAGUUAUUAUUCCCACCAAGGUAGCAGAGAGUCGUAAUCAUGAGCUGAGUUUCAAAGACGUCCACUUCAGACCAGGACAGAUCAAACGGCACUUCAUCACAGUGCCUCAGGGAGCCUCCUGGGCAGAGAUCACGCUGACUUCUCAUUCUGGAGAUGUUUCCUCAAAAUUUGUUCUGCAUGCGGUGCACCUCGUUAAACAGAAAGCGUACCGAGCUAAUGAAUUCUACAAGUUCUCGUCACUUUUGGAAAAAGGCUCACUAACUGAGGCCUUCUCUGUGCUGUCAGGUAAGAUUGUUGAACUGUGCAUUGCACGCUGGUGGGCGAGUCUGGGAGAUGUCACAGUGGACUACAACAUCUCUUUCCACGGGCUUAGUAUUUCUCCUUCACCGCUGCACAUUCAUGCGUCAGAGGGAGUUACAAACUUUAAUGUGUCAUCGCCAUUGAGGUAUGAGGAAGUGUCUCCGACUAUCACCCUCAAGUCUUGGGUUCAGCCUCUCAGGCCUUUAAGUUCAAAGAUAAAGCCUUUAGGAGGGAGGGAUGUUCUACCCAACAACCGACAACUUUACGAGAUUAUUCUCACUUACAGUUUUCACCAGCCGAAGAGUGGGGAAGUCACACCUAGCUGUCCUUUGUUGUGUGAGUUGCUGUAUGAGUCUGAGUUUGACAGUCAGCUGUGGAUGCUGUUUGAUCAGAACAAGAGACUACUGGGUUCAGGUGAUGCCUACCCACAUCAGUAUUCUCUUAAGCUGGAAAAGGGCGACUACACAGUGCGCCUGCAGGUGCGCCAUGAAUUGUCGAGUGAGCUGGAGCGCUUAAAAGACCUGCCGUUUGUUGUUUCCCACCGUCUGUCUGCCACUCUCAGCCCAGAUAUCUAUGAGACGCACCGAGUGGCCCUCAUGGCCAAGAAGAAGGCAAACUCUGUCACCCUGUCACCAGGGGCCACGCAGCAUUUCUAUGUCACAGCCUUGCCGGAUGACAAGAUUCCAAAAGGGACAAGUACAGGAUGCUAUCUUUCAGGGUCUCUUGUUGUGGCGAAGAGUGAAUAUGGAAAGAAAGCAGGGCAGUCCUCUGCAAAACGACAAAGAAAGUUUAAAAAGGACCUUGUUUCAGUAAUCUACCACCUGAUCCCCACACCCAACAAAGCAAAGAAUGGAGGGAAGGAGAAAGAUAAGGAUGCUGACAAAGAGAAAGACUUAAAAGAGGAGUUUUCUGAAGCCAUGAGAGACUUGAAGAUUCAGUGGAUGACAAAGUUGGACUCCAGCUCACUCUAUGAUGACCUGAAGGAAACGUACUCUGAUUACCUUCCUCUACAUGUGCAAAGACUUCAUCAGCUGGACUCUGAAAAGGAGCGUGCAAAACGUCUUGGGGAGGUGGUCUCGGCCGCUGACAUGGUCAUCUCCCACAUUGACCAGACAGCGCUGGCUGUCUACUUCACCAUGAAGACGGACCCUCGACCUGAUGCUGCUUCCAUUAAGACUGACAUGGAGAAGCAGAGGUCGUCUCUGCUAGACGCGCUGUGCAGGAAGGGCUGCGCUCUGGCUGACCAGCUCAUGACUGUCGCGCCUCAGGAUAGUGGCGGCACCGUCGCCACGGGCCAAACCAACACCGAGGAAGUUGGUGAACACGAGGCGAGCAGUGGGGACGACACACUGCACAGCUUGGCUAACAUUUUGAUGGAAACAUUCUGGGAGGUGCAGAAGUGGGCGGAGCUGACUGACUCAAAGGUGCUGAUGUUUUCCUACAAACACGCCCUCGUGAACAAGAUGUACGGCAGAGCCUUAAAAUAUGCCUCCAAAAUGGUGGAGGAGAAACCCAGCAAAGACAACAUGAAGAACUGCAUCCAACUGAUGCGUCACCUCAAAUGGAUGCACUGUGCCACCUUCACUGAAAACUGGCUCCCUGUCAUGUACCCCGCAGACUACAGUCCCUUCUAGAAACCCCACACACUGCACACCAGCUCAAUACACUGAAGCAUCAGUAUCACACCCCCUCAGGGUCAUUUGGAGAGAGUACUUUUUUCUUUUUCUUGGACAAUGAAGGACAGUGUGGAGUUAACUGGUUAUUUCUAAGGAACUCAUUGAGGAUCUGUCCUUUGUUUCAAGUGCCACCAGCAGCACAACAACAAAUAAGUAAAUUAAUGGACCUUUUUUUCCCCCUUCAAAUCUCUUCAAGUCAACAAUUUGUAGUUGAUACUGUAGUUCAGUAUUUUUUGGAGUCUGCUGUCAUCUACACAUUUGUGCUCAUAGACAUCAGUUUUCACUUUAGCUCCAUAUUUUCCUCCAGUCCUCAAUAUUCAAGGAAUCACCCCACGUCUUUGUGCCAUGCUUACCGGGACGUAAAGUUCACUUUUGGACUUCUAGGAUCUGACUGGACUAAAAAGAAGAGACCUCAGAACUGAUGCAGCGUUGUGGUGCCUUGCAUCCAUUUACCUUUACUGAUAUGAGGGGGAGGAGAAGUGGUUGGACUGGAACUGAGUGAUUUUUAUUUUUUUUUAAUUUCCCUCAUCAGUCCACACUCAAAGCAGCAUAAAGAUGGUCCGCUUAUCGGCCACAGCUUCAUUUUGCGUCACACCGUGCCGCAGGAUCAGCUGAGCUGCGGCACGUGACCACUUAACGGAGCUCAGCGUUGGCAUGUUACGAACUUCACUGGUACACGUUCACUCGCUCUUAGAUGUGUUUUCUGUGCAGCAUUAAAAAUGUUGCUUGUGUACACAGAGACCUAAAAUAUGUACAUAUACACAUAACAAAGCAUAGUAUGAUGCAAUAAGUAUAUACUGUAAUACAAAUAUUCCAAUUGAUGUAUUUAGCAUAUAUGCAUGUCUUGUAGAAUUUCAGGAAACAUGAUUUUAUUUGGAAGGAAAUUUUAGUUAGAAUCAUUUUAAAAUCUCACAUUUGUCAUUUUCAUAGGUGUGUGUUUAAGUGAAUUACUGUUUGUUUUUUCAUGAGCAUCAACUGCAUUGAAGGAUAAUGUGAGUAAUUUGCUUCAAAGGAGUCAGUUUUUGUUUUUGCAUGUUUUUGAUAUUUUACCUCAAUUUACUAUUAUUUUAUAAAUCUGAGCUGGCCAUUUUGCAUAUGGUGCAGUUGUUUGACCUUUGGAUGUACUUUUCUCAUCAAUUUUCCAUCCAUUUCUUUAUAAAUUUAUGACAUGAACUAAGUUUGGAAGGUUGCAUUUCUGUGGUGAACAUAGACAUUCACAACAUAGUGUGAAAAAUGGCAUUUAUUUAUACAUUUCAAUUGCAAAUUGCCAUCACUGUUGUCAACAAUGAAUCUGCUAGGCAAUAUGGGUCUGAAAAUGUCAAAAUGGGGAAUGGUAAUGUUUAAUAGUUCAAUAUAUUAUAUAUAUUAUAUUAUUAUAAUUAUAUAGUUUAGCAGUAUAUAAUAGUUCAGCAGUACACUAUAUAUAUAUAUUAUAUAUAUAUAUAUAUAUAUAUAUAUAUAUAUAUAUAUUAUAUAUCAUCGGGCAGGAGGCGGGGUACACCCUGAACUGGUUGCCAGCCAAUCGCAGGGCACAUACAAACAAACAACCAUUCGCACUCACAGUCACACCAACGGGCAAUUUAGAGUCCCCAAUUACUGUAUGUUUUUGGGAUGUGGGAGGAAACCGGAGUGCCCGGAGAAAACCCACGCAGGCACGGGGAGAACAUGCAACUCCACACAGGCGGGACCGGGGAUUGAACCCCGCUUCUUAGAACUGUGAGGCUGACGCUGUAACCAGUCGUCCACCGUGCCGCUUAUAUAUAUAAAUAUAUAUAUAUAUAUAAUUAUAAAAUAUAUAUAUAAUAUAUAAUUAUAAAAUAUAUAUAAUAUAUAUAUAUAUAUAUAUUAUAUAUAUUAUAUAUAUUUAUAUUAUAUAAUAUAUAUAUAUUAUAUAAUUUUAUAAGUGAGAAUAUUUAAAACAAUGAAAAUGAUCAACUGGGUUGUGUAACUGGACUGGCUUAAAGGACAUAAUGCGCCAUCUGUAAUUACAGAUGACCAAAAUGACAAUUACAGACUUUUCAUAAAAUGUUGGAUUUUUUUCGAAACGCACAGUUCAUGUUGACACGUUUCUAUUUUUAUGUUGUCACCUUUGGAUAACAGGCACAUCUGAGUGCACUUACUGUUUACUGUUUUCAUGGAGACAUGCACCUGCAGGUUUUCUUUUGUUGUUGCUUUGUUACGCAUUUGUUGGUCCUUUACCCCACAUCUGUGUUUGUGUGGGUCUCGGGUCAGAUAAACAAAAAGUUCACGGUUCUGCUAUUUGCAGCAUGUGUUGCCAUUGACAGUCUCUCUGGGAAAAAAAAGGCCUUAACUUCCAACACUACUGAAUGCCGUCCAUUUCGGGCACCAGAGUCUUCACAUAUGUCUUUGUCUGCUGGUGUCAGGAUAUUUAAAAAAAAAAAAAAAAAAAAAAAAGCUUCUUCUGUUGUUUUCUGACUGAAAUAUUUUAGGUAAUAAAUUCUAGCAAACUCCAAAAAACUCUUGAUAUUUAACGCAUUGUUCCUCAGAAACUUGUGUAAAAAAAAGAGUCAUAUGCAAUAAGGUCACAAAGAAGGAACGAACAUUGAAUAAAAUCAUUUUCAAGAAUAUAAGUUUUCAUUAAUAAUCACUGAUUUUAAAGAUGUAACAACCAAGGCGUAAACUACUUAUUAUUCAUAUUUUGAUGACACAUUUAAGUUGUACUUGCACUUUCUGAACGGUGAGGCUGACGCUCUAACCAGUCGGCCACCGUGCCGCCUUUGGGACGUUGUGUUAAUCAUAAAUAGAAACAGAAUACGAUUUGGAAAUCAUGUUCGACCAAGAUUUAAUUGAAUACACUACAAAAGACAAGAUAUUUCAUGUUGAAACUGAAAUAAGUUAAUAAUCAUUAACUUAGAAUUUUAUGGCUGCAACAGUUUCCAAAAAAGCUGGGACAGGGUCAUGUU